UUUAAUGUUUAUUUUUCAUCUUCCUUCUCUUCAAGAGCACCACAAUCUCCUGCCUAGAUACUCCAUUGUCAUUGCCAUGAGAAUGAACGACUUGAUCAAUUCUCCGAUCGAAUCGUUCACUUCUACCAGCUUCAAAAACAUGCAGCCAUACUAAAUUAUUGAGGCCUCGAAUUUGCCAUCGAGCUGUUCAUUUAUGACAUAUGAAAAACUACCGCAGCUUCCUCAAUCUUUUUCCUGUCUUAGUUAUAUACGCAUGCUCGUCCCAAAGAUAAUAUAAAGCUUCAGGAAAUCCAUCAGUACGCAGGUGUUUUUAUUCUGUUCCUUACUUGGAUCUUAAUUGGAUAUUUCAUUUUUCUUACAUGGAAAUUGCUCGCCUUUUUAUCAAUUUUAGGCGCAUCCAAAUAAUUUCAAUAAUCACUAACGGUUUAUUAAAAUUCACGUUUUUGUCACGAUGGCGAAAUGGUUCGUUUCCUCUGAAAGUUGAUUUAAAUUUUUUUUAUCCCUUCCAAAUGACAAUAAAUUAUUCAAAUGCUCUUCAAUCGAAGCAUGAAUAAAACAUUACAUGGAGACGAACUAAUUAUAAUUUUUUUUUCUAUUAUCCAAGACAUCAUUAAAACCGCGGGUUCUUUUCAGAGAGGUUUCACGCCUCUGCCUACUCUCGCUCUUUCAAAUACAAGACAACCAAAUUUCAUAAUGGUCCAAACAAACUUUCCAUCAAUAAAUUCAAUGACGAAUGGAAGCAAACCUUGACAGCGAAACAGUAUUUCGGAAAAGAUCUGUAAGCCGGAAAUCAUAGUAUAUAUCACUUGUAAAGGCAACCUUUUUUUUUUUCGCAAAUCGUCACACAAAAGUUCCCGGAUAACUUUCAAUUGCCCGGAUGUCGCUUCAAUCACAACUGACUCUGUUGGAUCCAAAGUCAUCACGUAUUCCAUUUUUCCAUUGCAAAUUAUACGAACACGGUGCGUCGAUAUUAAUAUUACCAGCAAGGUUCCGUUCGUCAAAAAAUCGUGUUUCGUCUCCUUUGGCAAAGUACUUUCAGAAUUUACCCUCACUACUGUCUGUGAACUUAGCUGUCAUCACUUCGCUCGUGGUCACGACCAAACCGGGAAAUAAGUUUGUAUCAAGCACGAUAUAUUUUCGGUAUACAACGUGGGAGCAUCCAUAAGGGAAACGAAACGAAGACUGCGAACGAGAAUGAACGAGAACGCUUCUUAAAACCAGGUCAGCUGACGAUCUCUUAGACAGGGUAAAAGAACUUCUAAUCAGGAACUCCGUCACGUUUUUCGGCGAAUAACGGCCUUAUCUGUUUUCCAAAUAACGCGCUGGAAGGUUUGGAGUAACUUCUUACAGAGGAUGUAAAUGACAUUUUCAGCUGAUUGUCAACAUGAGUCCUGGGUUUAAAAUCUGGAUAUUUUGUUUAAUCUACUUCACUUUAAACCGCCAUUUCGUGUGCGGUUUUAACGAUACUGACUCAAUCCGAGCUAUGGUGACAUUCAACGAUACUCAGGGAGUCGUUAAACCGACGACUGUUCCUCGAGUGAAGCGUCAACUGCACAUCGCUGGUUUGUUCGAUCACGAUUCUCGCAAUGGAGCAGGCUGCCUCGACGCUGCCUUCAUGGCCGUCGAAGAAAUCAACAGCGAUUCAAAAUACCUGGCGGACUAUGAAAUUGUUCUUCACCAUCACAAAUCGACAAAGGGCCGUCUCAGCGAAGGAACCAAAAUAUUGUACGAAUAUUUAAACACUCCACCCAAAAAGCUUAUGAUCCUCGGACCAUUUAAUGAUGACCUGGCCAAAACAGUGGCUGCAUAUGCUGGAUUGCGAGAGAUUGGAAUUUUACAGUUUUCUCAUGGAGCAACCGACCUGGAGCUCACAACCAAACGAGACCGAUAUCCUUUAUUCUUCCGCACCGUUCCAACAGAAUUCGUCUUCAACGAGCCUCGUUUGCAGUUUAUCAAUAAAUUUGGCUGGAAGGACGAAAUUGGUUUGAUUUAUGACGCGUCACCAUACUACUCACUGAUAAGCAAGCAUCUAGCUAAAAGUCUGGAAGGCAAUGGGAGCAAAAUCGUGGCAAAUGAAGGCUUUACACAAGAUCCAGCAGUUGCUGUCAAAAUCCUAAAGGACAAGGGAGCCCACAUUAUCAUUGGUACAUUUCAUCACUCCAGAGCAAGGGAAGUGUUUUGUCAGGCUUAUCGAAACAGAAUGUACGGCGAAAACUACGUCUGGAUGGUAACAUCUACCCCGGAUGCUAAUAUAACCUCUGAUUGGUGGAAUCCUGAACUCCCCACAAAAUUAGAUUGCACGAGAUCACAGAUGGAAGAGGCGUUAGAUCACCACUUCAAUUUCUACUACAAGAAUGAAAUCAACGACACUUUAGUGUCAGGAAAGACAACAGAUAAAUUCUUUACGCACUACAAUCAAAGAAUCCCACCUUCGUUUCGUAGUACUUACGCGCCAUUUGCUUACGAGGCUAUGUGGGCGAUUGCCGUUACUCUUGAGCGUGCUCGGCCAGUAUUGACCGCGUGGGGCAUGGAACUACACGACCUUGGUUACAAGCGACCCAGGGUGAGCGAGCUGUUGAAGGAAGAGGCAGCCCAAUUGCAUUUUACGGGACCGUCGGGUGUAGUCGCGUUUGAUGAGAAUGGAAACAGGAAGUGCACAGUUUUCAUACAGCAGUUCACGAAAUCUGUUGGCUCUUUUGAAGUGGGUGUGUAUGACUACAAUCCCCCUUCCCUUCUCCUGAGGGGAGAUUCCACAGGAAACGGUACACCAGCGGUUUUGAAAUAUGUAAAUUGGCCAGCCGGUCAACCUUACCAAAGGAAAUCUUCAACAGAUUCGUGGUUGUACAUCAGUCUUCCUCUCUUCCUGUCGUGGUCUUUAAUCUCUGGAUUUCUUCUCGUUUGCUGUGUUCUUUGUUUGGCUUUACUUUUAGUUUUUCGACGACAUAGAGUCAUCUACCAUUCUGGCUUUUACCUCACUGAAUUGCUCAUCUUUGGCUGCAUGCUGAAUCUUCUUUCCGUUGUGCUGUUUGGAUUUGACGGUGCCCUUGUUUCCUUUGAACUGAUGCAGUGGGUUUGUCAGGCACGUUCCUGGUUUCUCAGCCUGGGGUUCACAUUUUGUCUCGGCAGUGUACUUCCCAGAGUCCUCUUCGCUUUCAGAGUUGUGUCAAGGAGACCGCUGACGAUAAAAAAGGUUCCAUGGAUGUGGAUGCAUUUCAUAGCCUUGAUUAUCUUCAUUUGUGACGUCAUUUUGUUGAUCACGUGGCAAGUUAUUUUUAACCCCCGUGCAGUGAGAACUCUGCGGGAGGUAUCCAGACCCCGUCCGUACCAUGAGCGAACAGUCCUCGUUGAACAAUGCAUCUCUGACGAUGAGAUGGGAGCGCUGGCUCUCCUCUUCAUUCCCAAGGGAGUACUUCUCCUGAUUGGCGCCUUAGCAGCCUGGCCGGCACGCCACCUGUGUAUGCCGUUGUGUAACAACACGCGAAACUGUGCUCAGUGUGUGGCAAUAGCAAGUGUAAUGUGCGUCAUCGAGAUUCCGAUAAUAAUGCACGUGCGACAGUAUCCCAAUCCCUUUUAUGGUAUUACAGGUCUCAUCAUCAUCGUUAUAUCAGCGGCUCUCUUGAUUAUUGGAGUCGUUCCGCAGCUGAAACGGGCCCAGAAAUGCCAAAAGAAAUCACAGAUCGCAUCUGAAGAAAACAACGAUGUAGAAAUGAGACACGACAACAAUUACGAGAACAACUGCGGCGGCUGUGAAUGUGAUGUAUGUGCUAAUCCCAAGAAGUUCAGACCCCAACUGGCCUCGUGCUCAGGCCCCUACUCCUGUGCGCCGAUCUCCCAUGAGUGGGACUACAUGGUCAACAACAUACCAAACAGAACUAAAGAAGGGGAGACUCGUAUUGUAACCGAGACAGUCUACAUUGACCCACCCAAGAUUCCAACAGCGGCAGCGUACACUCAAACAAUGCAAGUCUUGUACAACACAUCCCAGGUACAAACAGUCGUCGUCAGAACCCAGAGCGCUUGCAUGUUAACAGAACCGGAACCAGAAGUCGAAACUGCAGAACUGAUGAUGCAAACGGAAGCGGAAGAACCAACACCAGUGGCGACUGUCGACACACAGACAAUAAGUGUUAAGUUGAGUGACAGCAUUGUCCAAACAGAGAGAAAACCACUAAGUCAUAUUCACACACAAACAGACAAGGCGAAGAUGAACGAUUCAUUCGUUCAAACGGAUGAUCCUCCUGAGCCAGAAAUCGUGGACGAUGAAUCAGACACAGCCAGCGUUUCCAGCAGUAUGUCCACCAGUCCAAAGCAACAGCGAAAGACGAGAAGAUCCAGAUUCAAUAUACAACCAAAAAUUAACACGAACUUAAGUCAAAGAAAAAAAGAAUUGGUAGCAAAAUCAUCUCAUGUUGCCACACCUCGUCUGAGGCUGUCAACACCUCAGCCGUACCCUACACCAAGAUCGAGAGAUCCAUCGCCAGCUCGGGGGGAAAAUAGAUGA